CAGCCGGUCAGAGGAGCAGACAGGCCCCACACUGUGUAUCGUCCAUGAGAGAAAGGUGCUGGGAUGAGACCGCGCACUGGGAGCACAGGGGCUGGUGCCCUGCAGAGCAAUGGCACCCACACCUCGGACAGCAAGCGUUUGUGUUCUCGCUGGACAGAAACCGUCUCACGAUCAGAGGAAUCUGCUUGUCACUGACCAGGUUCUGUACGCUGUCACCUACACUGACAGAGUGGAAAACUGUCAGAAUGGAUGGCAAAUAAUGAGUUCCCUGGGGCCGGCUCCUCCAGCAUGUCCUCCGUGCUGAGCCCCAGAGGAAAGGUGAAAAGGGAGCUCCUGAGUGACGUGGUGGGGGGCUGCAGCUAUCGGAUCAACAACCACUUGGACCUGGAGUACUCGCCACUGCCCGUGAACAAGAUUAUCAGUUCUGCGGAGGAGAUGGUUGGUAAGGAGAUGGAAUAUGGUAUUCUGAACAGGAAGCGUGAGCACUUUGUCAACGAUCUGAGAUAUGGCAAGGCCAACAGUCGGAAGGAUGGUCCUCCACCUCUAAGAUCCACCCUAAAGGCAGCUCCUGAUGCCCUGUGUGCUGUCAGGAAAGUCUGGGCCAACCCUGCACCAUGA